AUGGCGGCGCCCAUGCUGCGCCGGUGCUGUCUUGGAAGGCGUUGGGCGUUCUCUCACAUUGACAGCGGUUCUCGCCCGGAAAGAGGGUCUCCCACAGGUUCCACGCCCAACGGGAAAAGGGGACGGUGCUCUGUAGCUCAUCAGCCCCUCAUCAGGGCCCAGAAGACGAGGAAAGGUGAACAGAAAUGGGCAGCUGUGGUAGGUUUGGAAAUUCAUGCUCAGAUUUCCUCCAACUCUAAACUCUUCUCUGGAUCUCAAGUUUACUUCUCAGCACCUCCAAAUUCGUUGGUGUCUUUUUUUGAUGCAUCCCUGCCUGGAACUCUGCCGGUUCUCAACAGGAGGUGCGUGGAAGCAGCGGUGAUGACAGGCCUGGCUCUGAACUGCCGCAUAAACAAGAAGUCCUUGUUUGACAGGAAGCACUACUUCUACGCAGACCUCCCUGCUGGCUACCAAAUUACCCAGCAGAGGGUUCCGAUCGCAGUGGAUGGGAGCUUGGCUUACAGCAUCUGUGUGGGGGCCAAGCAGCAUGAGGUGACCACCAAGACGGUGAAGAUUAAGCAAAUCCAGCUGGAGCAAGACAGCGGCAAAAGCCUCCACGAUGACCUGCGGGCUCAGACGCUCAUCGAUUUGAACAGAGCAGGAGUCGGCCUUCUGGAAGUGGUCCUGGAGCCGGACAUGUCCUGUGGAGAGGAGGCGGCUGCAGCAGUUCGGGAGCUGCAGCUGAUACUUCAAGCCCUGGGGACCAGCCAGGCAAAUAUGGCAGAGGGCCAGUUGAGAGUGGACGCCAAUAUAUCUGUGCAUCACCCUGGGGAGCCUUUGGGAGUUCGAACUGAAGUGAAGAAUCUCAACAGCGCCAAGUUCUUGGCCAAAGCAAUAGAUUAUGAGAUUCAAAGGCAAAUCAAUGAACUGAGAAACGGAGGUGAAAUUCUGAAUGAAACGCGGUCCUUUGAUUACAGGCUGGGGUGCACCGUGUCGAUGAGAGACAAAGAAGGAAAGCAAGACUACAGGUUUAUGCCAGAGCCCAACCUGCCCCCACUGCUGCUGUAUGACUCCGCGUCCCUGCCCGCCAGCGCCGACCCGCAGCAGGUGAUCAACAUCGACCGGAUUCGGGAGCAGCUCCCCGAGCUCCCCAGUGUGACCCGGGAGAGGCUCGUUCAGCAGUACGGGAUGCUGCCGGAACACAGCUUCGCCUUACUGAAUGAAGUUGGCCUACUGGAGUUCUUCCAAAAUGUGGUAAAAGAAACUAAGGCAGAGCCCAAAACAGUGACCAGUUGGGUCCUCAACACUUUCCUGGGCUCUUUAAAGCAACGGAACCUCGCUGUUAGUGAGAGUCCCAUCGUGCCUUCCACAUUGGCUGAGCUGCUGGACCUGCUGGACGGGAAAACCAUCUCUUCGGCGGCCGCCAGACAGGUGUUUGAGGAAUUGUGGCAGAAUGAAGGGAAGACGCCGGCGCAGAUUGUUUCAGAAAAGCAGCUUGAGCUGAUGCAGGAUGAGGAGGCCCUGGAGCAACUCUGCCGCAGCACGCUGGACAGCCAUCCUCAAACGGUAACGGACGUAAAGAAGGGAAACCCCCGAGCUAUAAACAAAUUGAUUGGGUUGGUGCGAAAAGCCACGCUCAACCGAGCAGACCCGCGGGUGAUCAAGGAGACCCUGGAAAAGCUGCUGUCGUCAGGGGACACCACGGCGUAACGGGACAGCGCAGCAGGGCGGGAGCGGAGCCCCAGCCCGAGCCCACUGCCACCCGGAUGGUUCCUGAGGAGGCACCUUGGGCGCUCAGUAGCUCAGAGCAGAACACUGGGCACCCCCCUCCCACCCCUCAGCAAGCGCUGCCCCUGGCUUCCUCCACAGCGGUUGUGAGCACGCGCCAGCAGCCAGCUCUGUUCUAGACGCCGGGUCUGCGCCUGAGGUGCCGCGUCUGAGCCGGACUGAGACCGCAGUGGCCAGGCCCGACGCAGGUUCCUUCGGAUGAAAGCGCAGGACAAACUGACGCGGGGAAGCACACUUGUUGGAGAGGGUGGGAGGGGCUGGUGUUGACCACCCCCUGCGAGGAGGAGUCCAUUCAGCUGCCUCGGGAUCCCAAGAAAGCUAAGUCUGAUGAUAAAAUUUUUGUGGUGUGGAAAAAGACAAAGUUUUCAAAUAAAUUUAAUGAAUAAAAUAUAUACUGAAUAUCACAUAAAAAAUUAACUUACACUUCAAAGAUUGUGCAGUUGACAACUCCCCCACCCCAUCCUCAGGUCAAAAAAAGAUAAAAAGAGAAAAGCUGUAACAUUAAAUUGAUUUGUUUUGCCUGGAAAAAUGAGAUUAUAAACUAGUAGAUCCAAGUGUUGACCUUUAACAGUAACUGCGGUGCCGGCCACGGUCUCCCUGACGGCUGGUGGCCUUCGCCCGUCUCAUGUCAGUAAUACUGCUCCUCCGCCACAUGGGUGCCCUUGCUGCUCAUCGCCGCUGUGACCUCUGACCCACAGUGCUCAAGGACCGGUUUCACAAAGAUUGUUUUUAAAAGAAGCACAUCUCAAAUGGUGACAUAGCAAGGAACCCAAAGCUUUGAGGCCCUGAUUUUGCCCUGAACCCUCCAAAGACGAAGGCAGCUCCAUCAUGAAUGGGGCUUCCUGGCAGCUGGGACAUGAGGAGAUGCCCCCCCCCCCACCCACUCAGCAACUGCUGCGUCCCGGGUUGUAGCCAGUUGCUGGGAACGUCCCUAAGACAAUGACAGAAGUGUGUCCUGUCCCUGCCAAAGCACAAGGAUCAGAGGAGAAGCCAGCUGGCUGAGAGGAAAGAAAGAUGAACUUUGUGAAGUGAGUGACUGAAUUCUAAGAGAGUAGCAUCACCCAUGAAACCAUGUUCCCUGAAAUCAGCUGCAAUACUAAAAACUGUAGGGCCUAAAAGUAGCAGAUUUCCAUUAAACCCUCUCUCCUCACGCUCAAAGUCUGAAUUACAAACAGGCAAAGGCAGUCUUAGACUGGAUUCUGGGGGGACCAUUAUUUCUUAAGAAAUAAUAAUGUUGGCCCUCCCUGGUGGCGCAGCGGGUUAAAGCACAGCCCUGAGAAUCUAAA